AAAUAUUGUUUGAAUUGCACGUGUGUGUGUGUGUGUGUGGGUAAUCGCGCGCGCGCAUACACACACAUACACACAUAUUUUACACACAUAUAUAUAUUUUAAUUACAUAGUAUAAUACUAAAAUUUAAAGAUUCUUUAAGAAUAAAAACAAAAACAAAAAUUGGAUAUAUUUAAUAACAUCUUUAAUAAAAUCACAAUUUCUAUAUAAAAAAAUUAUAAAAAAUUCAAAGUAAAUUAAAAGUAGCAUUCGUUUAAUUCUUAUAUUUAUUUAUUUUAAUUAAUGCAUAUUCUUAAUUAAAAUUAUUUGAUUUAAAUCAAAAUAAGAAUUUUAUAUUUUUGUUAUUGAUUUUACAUUAUUAUUAUUUAUAUUUAUUUUAUUUUAUUUUAUUUAGAUAACAUAUAACAAUUUAUAAUAAUAUCGUUCAAAAUAGUAAAAAAACAAAAUACAGAAUUUUUUAGUAUUGCUUCAAAGCAUUUAAACGUAUACAAGUUAGUUGUAUUAUAACCUAUUUUAAGUGCAUAUAUUCAAGUUCUAAUAUAUGUAUACAAGAUAUUGUAGUUAUUUUUUUUAACCACUAAAACAAAACUGUUUUGCUUAAUAUUAUUUGAAGAAAUUGUACAAAUUUUGAAAUAUGUCUGAACAUAAUGAAGACACAGAAAAAGAGAAAAAAUCAAAUGAGAAAACCACAAAUAAUUAUUCAGAACAAGAGGAGAUAGAAGAAUCUGAUAUGGAAAAGAUUCGUAAAUAUUUAGCACAAAAGUUGAGACUUUUUGAUUCAUCAAAUAAUAAUGAACAAAACAAUCCACAAAAAGUCCUCCGUGAUCUUAGCAUAGAUGGAAUAGCAGAUUAUAUAAAAGAAAAAGAAAAUUGUAAAAUUAUUACUAUGGCUGGAGCUGGUAUCUCUACAUCUGCAGGAAUUCCUGAUUUUCGAUCACCAACAAGUGGUCUUUAUCACAAUUUAGAAAAAUAUAAUCUACCUCAUCCUCAAGCUAUUUUUGAAUUAGAUUUUUUCUUGGAAAAUCCUGAACCAUUUUUUAUGCUUGCAAGAGAAUUGCUACCUGAUGAUGGUUUUAAACCUACACCAUCUCAUUAUUUUAUUCGUCUUUUAUGGGAGAAGGGAUUACUCUUAAGACAUUAUACACAAAAUAUUGAUACAUUAGAAAGAGUUGCUGGUUUACCAUCUGAAAAAUUAGUAGAAGCUCAUGGUACAUUUCAUACUGGCCGAUGUCUUAAAUGUAGAGCACCAUAUACUCUUCCAUGGAUGAAAGAACAAAUUUUUAAAAAUGUUAUACCAAAAUGUGAAGAAUGUAAUGAGGGUAUAGUAAAACCUGACAUAGUAUUUUUUGGAGAAAUGUUACCUGAACGUUUUCAUUAUCUUGCUGAUCGUGAUUUUGUACAAGCAGAUCUUUUGAUAAUUAUGGGAUCAAGUUUGAUUGUUCAACCUUUUGCAUCUCUAGUGGACAGGGUUCGACCUAAUUGCCCGCGUUUACUUAUCAAUAAAGAAAAAGUAGGUACGCAAGAUCGCUUAUCACGACUUCUAGGAUUACGACAUGGUUUGAUGUUUGAUACUCAUUCUAAUGGUGGUCGCGAUGUUGCUUGGUUAGGAGACUGUGAUAUUGGUUGUCAGUUAUUAGCUGAUAAACUGGGUUGGGGUGACGAAUUGAAAGAUCUUAUAAAAAGAGAAUAUGAACGUUUAAAUAGAGAAUAAAUCAAUAAUAAUUGAAUCUAAAUGUCUUAUUAUAACAUGUAUUUAGCUUAUAGGUGAUUUGGAAAUUUUAAUUUUAUUGCUACAAAAAAAAAGACAUUAUAUAGACAAAUAAUAUUUUUCUUCAAAGGAAUUGUAAUAAAAUUGUUUAGAAUGUUAAAAGUUUAUAUAUAUAACGAUAUAGAAAAGUCAUAUUUUUAUCUCUUUGUGCCGUCAUUUUUUAUAAAAAAUUAUUAAAUUAAUGGUGACUAUAAUUUUUGAUAAGACAUAUGAUUUUUUAUGAUAUGAAAUUAAUUCGAUACUAUAUUCAUAUUGUAAGUAUAUUUUAUUUGGAAUUAUAACCAUUUUAAUAGAUAACAAACGAUCAAUAAACCAUAAUGUAAAUAAUUUAUUUCUUCAUAUAAUAAUAAUGUUAUGCAAAUAAAUAUGAUUUUUGACAGUUGAAUUAUGUGUAUAAAAAAAAUAAAACAAUAUAAUAAAAUAUAUAAUAUAAUAUGAAAAUUA